UCGGCCGCGGAUGGAGACUUUGGUUGUGGUUGUGACAGCGCAGUGGGCGGGAUUUUACCUCAGAUCAGGGGAGAGAGUCUAGUCUUUGGUGAGACUGAGGGGGGAGUUAUCGGGAGAAAGGGACCCGGGGAGCUCUUCAGAGAACGGAACCUGCAUGCAUGGUGACCUCCACCUCUGUGGGUGAUCCUCAGUCACCAUGAAAGACUAGGAACUCAGCUCUCCGAGGGAAAUGGCCCGUUUUGUAAUACCCCUGCCCUGCUACCCGGCGCAUGACUCCAGCUGCCUCUGAAGGGCCCGUCAGCUGUUUUAUGGGAACUACCACUGUGCUUGCACCCUUGAGGAUUUAAGCUUUUCCAGGAACACUUUUUUUUUUUCUUUUACCCCCACUGUUGAGCUGAAGCAGAGAGUGGGGAGGUGUCGAGACAAUGGCGAACAACUCGUACAGCGGGGUGAAGAACUCCAUGGUGGAGGCCAACCACGAUGGAGACUUUGGCUGCACGCUCAAAGAACUGCGCUCCCUUAUGGAACUGAGAGGCGCAGAGGCGCUAAGCAAAAUCGGGGAAUCUUUUGAUGAUAGUCAAGGACUCUGCCAGCGGUUAAAAACAUCACCUAUAGAUGGUCUAAGUGGACAGCCCGCAGACAUCGAGAAGCGGAAAACAGUGUUUGGGCAAAAUUUAAUACCGCCCAAAAAACCCAAAACUUUUUUACAGUUAGUGUGGGAGGCGCUACAGGAUGUCACACUGAUUAUCUUAGAAGUGGCAGCCAUAGUUUCACUAGGCCUUUCUUUUUAUAGACCUCCAGAUGCCGAAAGAGAACACUGUGGAAGGGCAGCUGGCGGUGUGGAGGAUGAAAAUGAGUCGGAAGCAGGCUGGAUCGAGGGCGCCGCCAUUCUUCUGUCAGUAAUCUGUGUGGUGCUGGUGACGGCGUUCAACGACUGGAGUAAAGAGAAGCAGUUCAGGGGCCUCCAGAGCCGCAUCGAGCAGGAGCAGAAAUUUACCGUCGUCCGUGGAGGACAAGUCAUCCAAAUUCCUGUGGCUGAGAUCGUGGUGGGCGACAUUGCACAAAUAAAAUAUGGUGACCUUUUGCCCGCUGACGGAGUCCUCCUCCAAGGCAAUGACCUGAAGAUCGAUGAGAGCUCACUCACAGGAGAGUCAGACCAUGUCAAGAAAACACAUGGAAAAGAUCCUAUGCUGUUAUCAGGCACCCAUGUAAUGGAAGGCUCAGGGAAAAUGGUGGUCACUGCUGUGGGUGUCAACUCUCAAACUGGAAUUAUCUUCACUUUACUUGGGACCGCUGAGGAGGACGAAGAGGAUGAGGAGGAGAAGAAAAAGGAGAAGGAGGAGAAGAAGAAACAGAGAAAAAACAAGAAGCAGGAUGGGUCUGUUGAAAAUCGUAAGAAAGCUAAAGCACAGGAUGGCGCUGCGAUGGAAAUGCAGCCUCUGAACAGCGACGAGGGAGCUGAUGCGGAGGAGAAGAAGAAAUCCAACCUGCCAAAGAAAGAGAAGUCUGUUCUCCAGGGCAAACUGACCAAACUAGCUGUUCAAAUUGGCAAAGCAGGAUUGGUUAUGUCAGCAAUCACCGUUAUCAUCCUGGUGGUGCUGUUUGUAGUCGACACCUUCUGGAUCCAGAACCUGCCCUGGGUCAAGGACUGCACCCCCGUUUACAUCCAGUUCUUUGUGAAAUUCUUUAUCAUUGGGGUCACUGUUCUGGUGGUGGCUGUCCCUGAGGGCCUGCCUCUCGCUGUAACGAUCUCCCUGGCGUAUUCUGUUAAGAAAAUGAUGAAAGAUAACAACUUAGUGCGACACUUGGACGCUUGUGAGACUAUGGGCAACGCUACGGCCAUCUGCUCUGAUAAAACGGGCACGCUCACCAUGAACCGCAUGACUGUGGUGCAGGCCUACCUCGCUGAGAAGCACUACAGGAAAGUCCCCGAACCAGAGAACAUCCCCUCCUCCAUUUUAGACAUGCUGAUUCUGGGCAUCGCCGUCAACUGCGCCUACACUACAAAGAUCAUGCCUCCAGAGAAAGAAGGCGGCCUUCCUCGACAGGUGGGCAACAAGACCGAAUGUGCCUUGCUUGGCUUUUCUAAAGAUCUAAAGCGGGACUACCAGGCUAUUCGGAAUGAAAUUCCUGAAGAGAAACUAUACAAAGUCUACACCUUCAACUCAGUGAGGAAGUCAAUGAGCUCUGUGUUGAAAAUGGCUGACGGCAGCUACCGUAUGUUCAGCAAAGGGGCGUCAGAAAUUCUCCUAAAAAAGUGCUAUAAAAUCCAGACGGCAAACGGUGAGUCGAAGGUGUUUCGCCCGCGUGACAGAGACGACAUGGUGAAGAAAGUGAUCGAGCCCAUGGCCUCAGAGGGCCUGAGGACCAUCUGCCUUGCAUACAGGGACUUCCCUGUCUCUGAGGGGGAGCCUGACUGGGACAAUGAGAAUGAUAUCCUCUCUGGACUGACCUGCCUCUGUGUGGUGGGCAUCGAAGACCCUGUGAGACCUGAGGUGCCCGAUGCCAUCAAGAAGUGCCAGCGUGCCGGCAUCACGGUGCGGAUGGUGACCGGUGACAACAUCAACACGGCUCGAGCCAUCGCCACCAAGUGCGGCAUCCUGCUGCCCGGAGAUGACUUCAUCUGUAUCGAAGGGAAAGAAUUCAACCGCAGGAUACGCAAUGAGAAAGGAGAGAUCGAACAAGAGCGCAUCGACAAGAUCUGGCCCAAACUACGAGUGCUGGCUCGCUCUUCCCCCACAGACAAACACACACUAGUGAAAGGUAUAAUUGACAGCACAGUCCUAGAACAGAGACAAGUAGUAGCAGUAACAGGAGACGGCACCAAUGACGGUCCUGCCUUGAAGAAAGCUGACGUUGGCUUUGCCAUGGGUAUCGCUGGCACAGAUGUAGCCAAGGAGGCCUCUGACAUCAUCCUGACUGACGACAACUUUUCCAGCAUCGUCAAAGCCGUCAUGUGGGGACGAAACGUCUACGACAGCAUCUCCAAGUUCCUCCAAUUUCAGCUGACUGUCAACGUGGUGGCCGUCAUCGUAGCGUUUACAGGAGCCUGCAUCACACAGGACUCCCCGCUCAAAGCAGUACAGAUGUUAUGGGUCAACCUCAUCAUGGACACCUUCGCUUCACUCGCCCUGGCCACAGAGCCCCCCACAGAAGCCCUGCUGCUGAGGAAGCCAUAUGGCCGCAACAAGCCGCUCAUCUCCCGCACCAUGAUGAAGAACAUCCUGGGUCAGGGAGUGUACCAGCUGGUCAUCAUCUUUACUCUGCUCUUUGCUGGGGAGAAAAUUUUUGACAUCGACAGCGGCAGGAAUACACCCCUCCAUGCCCCGCCGUCUGAACACUACACCGUCGUCUUCAACACCUUUGUGUUGAUGCAGCUUUUCAACGAGAUCAACGCCCGCAAGAUCCACGGGGAAAGGAAUGUCUUUGAAGGCAUCUUCAACAACCUCAUCUUCUGCAGUAUCGUCUUUGGUACCUUCAUUAUCCAGAUCGUCAUUGUGCAGUUUGGAGGGAAGCCGUUCAGCUGUGUGGCUCUGACCGUCGACCAGUGGCUGUGGUGCACUUUCUUAGGCUUUGGCUCUUUACUAUGGGGACAGGUAAUCUCCUCGAUACCCACCAGCCGCUUAAAAUUCUUGAAAACGGCGGGUCACGGCACGCAGAAGGAGGAGAUCCCAGACGAGGAGUUGGACGAGCUGGAUGACAUGGAAGAGAUCGACCACGCCGAACGAGAGCUUCGCCGGGGACAGAUCCUCUGGUUCAGGGGCCUCAAUCGCAUCCAGACUCAGAUGGAUGUAGUGAGUGCGUUCCAGAGUGGAACUUCCUUUCAGGGGGCUCUAAGGCGGCAGGCCUCCAACUCCAGCCAACAACAGCACGAUAUCCGGGUGGUGAAUGCAUUCCGCAGCUCCAUCUCCCUCUAUGAGGGGCUGGAGAAGCCCGAGUCGCGAUCAUCCAUCCACAACUUCAUGACCCACCCUGAGUUCCGGAUAGAGGACUCUGAGCCCCAUAUUCCCCUCAUAGACGACACCGACGCCGAGGACGACGCCCCAACCAAGCGCAACUCGGCAAGCCCCCGCAACACCACACCCACGCCGCCCUCACCCACACUCACUCCUACCGCCAUCUCUACCCCAAUCGUGCCGGUGUCACCCUCCCCAAACCAGAACAAUAACGCUGUGGAGAGCAGCAACCACCUCCUCCCAGAGGGCCCCAAAUCAGGAACCCCCUCAGCCCCGGGGAGCCCCCUACACAGCCUGGAGACCUCCCUUUGAUCUGACCCCUGACCUCCACACGACGACGUCACCACCACCUUUCUGCCCGUCACCAAGGAGCUCGACUCGGACGCAGCGAACGAAAGGAGUGAACACUCAGAGGAGAGAGGGAGAGGCCGGGAGGAGAGCAGGGUCCUGUGUGAGCUCAGCUCGGGCCGGACUAUGAGAACAGCAAACAUUCAGAGGAAUGUGCGGCUUGGUGUGGAUGCUUUGGUCUUCUUUUAUUUUUGGUUCUUAUGAAAACCCCCGCUGCAACACGAGGACUCUGUCUCCACCCCUCCCUCCUUUUUGUUUUUCUCGGUAAACAAGGGGUGAUUAUAAACUCAGAUUGAAAGUGACCUGUUUUUAUUAUUCUAUUGUUAUUAUUAUUAUUAUUAUUUGAAUUGAGAAGGGGAGGAGCUCCUCCUGGCUUGAAGAUCGUCUGUAAGAAUUCAGAAAGAACCUUUUAGCUUCUCUUUUAUCUGAAUGGUGUUGUAUAUUUAUCUCUUUGGCCCUUUGCUCAUUCAAAACUUAUUUCUGCUCCAUUGGCUGUUAAUAUUUUGAGUUAUUUAUGUUUUUUGGAAAAAGCAGGUCUGUUUACAAAGUUUGUAGAUACUUUUUUUCUGUUUGUAGGCAAAUGAGCUUCCUGAUGUAUGAUGCAGAAAACUGGGACAGAAUAAAAAAAUGAAUGAGAGGAUUAUUUCAGAUACUGCUGUAUUUUCAGGAAUAAGGGUGUUUCUAUUGAAACUUAACUAUUUUUGCCUGCAAGUUUUAUUUGUUAUAUAUUUGUAGAUAAAUGUAGAACCUUCUAGGCAAACCGAUAAACACUAAGGCUUGUGUAGAAAAGAGGUCCAGGGUCCGGGGCGCGGCAUUUUCACAGGAACACAGGGACGGGAAAGACGAUUGGGGCCUCUGUCCACUAACAUUGCUAUAAAUAUAUUUACUUCUUCCAUUUCUUCGAUAGUUUUCAUGUGCACAAAAACCUUCUGGAGUUCUGGAUUCUCUUUUCAUUCAUUAUGUUGUGUUCAAGGAUUUCCACAUGUUGAAAGGUUCACUCAUUAAAAGGGAGUUGAAAACACAUCUGGCACCAUAUUUAGCAAGCAUGUCGGGAUGUCGAAUCGUGCUGGACCAGGAAACAAAGUCUUACCUCAGAGGCGGGCGUGAUGUGUGAAUGAUGUCGCUUUUAGCACAACGUAGAAGCCCCUUCUUUAGAUGUCUGAGGUUUCUAUCGUGUUUGGCCUGCUUCUUGUAGUAUUUAAUAUUAGUUCCAUUAGAACAGGCUAACUGAGAUUAGCUGAAAAAAUGACACCGCUACAAGCUACAAGCUCUUUUUUUUUUUUUUUUUGCACGUUACAGCUAAAAUGUUUUUGCCAAAGUCAUAAAAUCACAAAAACAUUUGAGUUGAUCACUUCUUUAAUGGCUGAAUCUCGCCUUGUGUUGUGAGCCGAUCUAUUAUUACACAAUAAGUUUAUUUGGACUAAACGUGACUGUGCCUUGGCUACAAUAACAAUUUAGCUAACGCCACUGGCAGGUAAAUGUUGCUCCUCCGGCUGAAAGCCUCAUUCUGAUCAUCCUGAAGGAGGUUCUCUUUGAAUGCUUGUUAAAUAUGGACCCUGGUUAUCAGUUGGUGUUUUUUAAAUUAGCUGCAUUUUCAUGCAACUUUAGUUCCUUCAACAAAACGUUAGCCCCCUGCCAAUGUACAAUACUGACAUUUGUUUACUCAGGCUUAGUAAAAGUAUUUAAUUUCAAAGGAAUCUAUAGAGAGAAACCCUUUUAACUACAGACUUUGUGUAUUUAGAUAGUAAGCCAUUGUCUUGGUUAAAAAAAACAAAACAAGUGAAUUAUUUUCAUAUUUCAUUCAAUCUUUAAGAUCACGCCUUAGAAAAAAGAAAACGUCAUUUUACUCCUCUGAUUUCUGUUUUUUUUAACAUUUCAGAAUCAUGAACAGAGGGGGGAAAAAAGUCAUGUUCUGUUCUUCAUCCCUGUCCGUCAGACUCCUUUCACCAUGAAUAAAUGUUGCUGCAUUUGAUUUGUUUGUAAGAUAUUUUUGACACCUGAUGUACUGGAAACGCUAAAGAAUUGGACAUGUGCAUUUUUCAAGAAUAAAGACUAGGCAUACACUGGUAUCAAUCUGCACAGGGUACUUUAUUUCAUAGCGUUCCUCGGGGGAAGAAGAAUUUUGAUACAAACCAUGAUAGAGAAAAUGUACCUUUGUAUUUUUAUGACGAUACUGAUGAUACCUUUCAUCGUACUAAACCGAUUUUGGAUGAUUUGACACCAAUCACGUUCUAUGGGGGAGGGUUUUGGCCACUAAAUUGUGUGUUGUUCUGGAAUCUUCAUCUCAGGGUGCAAAUGGUGUGAGAGAGAACAAGACCUCUUUUGAGUUUGUAUAUUUCCACUCUUAAUUCAGCGUUUGGGACGGUGCUUGUCUAUCACACACGAUGACUGGGGCAGCAGGCUGCAGAUUCUUCCUGCAGUCUUCUGGCCGUGCACGGUGGGGAGGGGGGGGGGGGGGGAAGGAAAGUGUAGAUGUUAAAUCAUGACGUUCUCUGAGGGAAAAUAAAGUUCUGUUUAACUUGUUUUACAGACGACAAAAUAGCAGCUAGGAUCGCAUACAAAGUGAGCAAUUGAAAAGACAAGAGGAAUCCACAUGAGGAGUUUGUUCUGUAGCUUCUUCCUGUAACGGGAAUGAAUGUUUUUCCAUCUGUUUUAUGGAUUAUUAUUUUUUUUAUCUUUUAACAUUUGGAAAUAAAAGUACUUCAUGUCUGUUUAUCUUGAGCAUUUUAAAUGGAUAUCGUGAUUGGAUUUACAUUUGAAACUUGUCGAGUAAUGUGUAUGGUUUUUAAAAAUAAAAAAUGUAUUUAGCCUAA